AUGAAAGCAAAAUCUGAAAGACGGCGUCCUUUUAUUGGAUCACAGAUUGACGAAUGUAGGGAUGCAUCAGGUCUUUAUUACAUUCUACCUUUUCAAAAAGGCUUCCUCGUCAACUGGGACACACAAAAGACAGUUUGGGAUUAUAUAUUUAGUAAGGAAUGUUGCCCAGUGAACUUUAGUGAAGUUCCUCUUAUAAUAACAGAACCUCUAUUCAAUUUUUCAUCAAUACAAGAAGCUAUGACUGAAAUUUUCUUUGAAGAGUAUGAAUGUCAAUCACUUUUAAGGAUAAAUGCUACUGAUUUAGCUGAGUACCAUUAUAGAAAGCUGCAUAGUAAUGAAAGCACUUUGGUAGUUGAUUCUGGUUACAGUUUCACUUAUAUAGUCCCUUAUAUAAAAGGAAAGAAGUAUAAAGAAGGCAUCAGACGAAUAGAUGUUGGUGGUAAAGUUUUAACAAAUCAUUUAAAAGAAAUAUUGUCAUACAGGCAACUAAAUGUAAUGGAUGAGACCUAUGUUAUAAACCAGGUAAAAGAAGAUUCUUGUUUUGUAUCACAAGAUUUCAUGGGUGAUAUGGAAAUUGCCAAAAAAAAGGGUUCUGAAAAUACAAUUGUUAAGGACUAUGUCUUGCCAGAUUACACAACAAUUCGCCGUGGCUAUUUACGUGAUAUUGUAAAACCUGAUGAGGACUUGGAACAACAAACUUUACGUCUCAACAAUGAAAGAUUUUCCAUACCGGAACUUUUAUUUCAUCCUUCUGAUGUUGGUAUACCUCAAAUGGGAAUACCAGAAGCAAUAAUAAAUUCAAUAGAUGCUUGUCCAGAAGAGAAUAAGGAAAGUCUGCUAGAAAAUAUAAUAUUGUAUGGUGGAAGUACACUUUUUCCAGGUUUUAGAGAUAGAGUAUUUAAUGAAGUCCGAGCAUUUGCACUAGAUCACUAUGAUGUCAAUGUUACUCUCGCUGAAAAUCCUUUAACAUAUGCAUGGGAGGGUGGAAAACAUAUUUUUAAAGAUCCUGAAUUCUAUUCAUUUUGCAUGACAAAGGAAGAAUAUGAAGAGGAGGGAAGAGCAUUGGCUUUUGAAAGAUUUGAUAUAUAA